GGGGUCUAGUCCUUGCAGGCAGCUUCCGUGUCCAAGCCUGGGACUGCGAUGAUGCUGCUGUCUGGGGACAGGGCUUGCUGUGUCAUUAGUGCUUCCAGUGGGAAUUCCGUGGGGACCCCAGCUCGGGGAUCCUGGAGCUGUAGUGGGGUCAUCUUGAGCCAGAGUCCAGGGAUUGUGGUCUGCCACGGAGCCAUCUUCUCUCCUUUCCUCUUGGAGGAGGUGAUAGCAGCAGAGCAGGGCAUAUGGUCCCAGUGCAGCGUCCUGCUGGCGAACAGCUUCUCCCCAGAUAUUCAGAUCCAGGUUCUCUGGACUGCAGAAAGCAGAAGCAAAGGGAAUGGUAAGGGUGUGUUGGGCAAAGAUUUGGGGGCCUGCAGCCCAGCUCUGGGGUUCAAUCCCCUUUCAAACCAACCGGGAUCUCCUGGCACCCUCAGGCAGCAUGAGGCCAAGCUCCUUAUGAUGGUGCCCUGCCCAGAGUUCCAGGACACCUUCUCCAAAGUCUUCACCCGUGCUGAGCAGUGGCAUUUCUGUAGGAGUGAAGAUGAGCAGGAGCAUGGAGCACUCUUGGAUGAUUUGCGCUAUCUGCAUUGGUUUGCCUUGCUGGAGAUCCCAGACCUCAACUCACCUGGUAUAGCUCAAGUAAGCUGUGUGCUGGCUGAGUCAUUGAGGAAAGGUGACAUGCUGUUUGCCUGUGGUUCCCCUUUUGGUUCAUUUUGCCCAGACAUUUUCAUUAACACUCUUAGUAAAGGGAUAGUGAGUAACCUAGCUGGAGAAGGCAAUGUCCUUAUUCUGACUGAUGCUCGUUGCUUGCCUGGCACCGAAGGAGGAGGGGUCUUUGGGUUCUCUGAAGAUGGUUUUAACCUAGUUGGAAUAAUUGUGGCUCCGCUUUGUUGGAAGGCCAAUGAGUGGGUUGGAUUGACGUUGGUUUGUUCAAUUGGCCAUAUCCUGGAGAAUGUCAGGAGUGCCUUGGUUGGGUCUGGAAGUUCUAUGAAAACCUGGUGGCCUCAUGUGCAAUUGGUUGCUAAGCCUGUUGGGAAAAUGGCAGUCAGCCCUGGGCCCGCACAGCAUCUCCUGUCUGCAGUGGUGUUGGUGGAAUGUGGUCAAGUCUGGGGAUCUGGCGUGCUGGUCAGUUCAAGGCUAGUGUUGACCUGUCGACAUGUGGUGAAUGAAGCCUCGGGUGUCUGUGUAAGGGUACAGCACAGCCCUGAAAAGGGCUGUGUCCUUAAAGGGAAAGUGGUGUUUACUACAAACGAUGAUUCUCCCUAUGACAUAGCAGUGGUAGAACUAGAAGAAAGCUUACUCUGUUUUGCAAAACCUGUUUUAGCUACCAAGUUUGGUGCAGGAGAAGAAGUGAGUGUUGUUGGCUUUGGUGUGUUCGGCCAGAGCUGCGGCCCAUCAGUGACAUCAGGAAUCUUGUCAGUUGUGAUCACGGUGGAUGACAAGCCAGUGAUGCUUCAGACAACCUGUGCGAUUCAUGGUGGCUCGAGUGGGGGGGCCCUCUUCUCUACAAACAGCGGAAAGCUCCUUGGGAUUGUGGCUAGCAACACAAAGGACAACAGUGUAGGAGCUACAUACCCUCACCUGAACUACAGUGUUCCCAUCACAGUUCUGCAGCCAGCAGUCUUGGAAUACAGCCGUACUGGAGACCUGCAUGGUUUCCAGGAGCUGAACAGGGCCAACGACAGAAUCAGACUAGUGUGGCGGCUCCAAAGAAAGACCACAGAGGUACCACACUGCAAGCUAUGAGGCUGCCCAUCUCGGAGAAGAAAGGUAGAGCUCUCCUGUGAGCAGGAUGUUCUAGGGGGAGGGUGACUUCACACAAUUCAAUGUUAUAUAAUCUGUAGCUAUAUCGAAUUUGCCAUAAAUUGUCCACGGUCUACCUGAAGGUAUGGUGUCUCUGGGGCUGACCAGCUUUCCUGAAAUCAGUGCUGUUAACAUUGGCUCUGCCCAGUACAACAGCUGCUCAUCUUUUGCUUUCACUCAGUUCAGCCAGAACCAAUCAGAGUAGAACUAUAGAAAUGAACUGUAAUGAUUCCAUGGGUCCCUGACCAGGCUGCAUACUCUGCAUUAGGUUAGUUCCCUGGAUGAUGGCAUGCUCCUCUCCAUCAUUCCUGGAAGUGCUGUCCCCAGGAGUGCAAUUCCCUUCAGCUGAAGACACUGACUGGCUAUUCAUUAUUUGGAUGUGCUGAUGAGGCAAGAAUAACUAAUAUGUAUGGCCAGGCAAUCAGUAAAGGGUGGUGACUUUCUGGAAGUACUUAGUGUCAGCAGGAGGGAGGUGAAUGGCUCAGGAUGCUGAUGGUGCAAGGAACAUAAGUAGGCGUCAAGGGGUUUUUUGGUUUUGUUUUUUGUCCCCUCUCCCCCCAAUAACAAAAUUGAAGCUAUGGGAUUGUAUUGUGUGAGACGUCUAAAGUCCUAUCUGGAUGUAGCACUAACACAGAUGGGAAUAAUCCUACAGUGGCAGAGGAUCAUCUGAUGACUCUUCCAUCUUUAAUGUCUUCAGCUGUCGGUGAGAGAAUUUGUAGUUCAGAGCACCUGUGUGUAUUAGAGGCCCAUAGGUGUCCUAUGGAUUAGCUAAUCCUACACCAUCUCUUAUUGUUCAGCUCCUUCAGUGUUUUGGCAGUGAGUUAUUUGGGGGUGGCGAUGUUUUCUCUGUCUAUUCAAGUCUGGUUUUAACUGCAGACUAUGGAGUACUGGAAGGGAAAUCAAAAGACUAUUGCCCUGAAGAAAAGGCAAACAUCAGGUCUAAAUGUGAAUGCAUUUACCUUACACAUUUCUACCAUCUUUCUUUUCUCUUUUGCUACUUAAAAUAAACUGUUGGUAAAGAUUAUGUUCCGACAAGAAUUUUCAGUCUCUGGAAGUGUUCUCCUGUUCAUGCCUUUACUUCCUAUUACUGAAACUGAUGCUACAAGUGUUGUUGUACCCCAAGGUGGACCAAAGCUACAAAUUUUGGGAAUGUCUGCAUCUGGGGCUUUGAAUCUGGUGGGGCCAGUUAC